UGAGCGUCGUGAACUAUCUCGUGACGAGAGUUCAUAAAGAGCAACCCAAGAUCCAAAGAUGCCCAGCCGGAACAUCACCCCAUCUGCCUUGUCCAACAUUCACAUACUGUACAUCUCCUUUACGAGGAAUCUGCUGCGGUUCCCAUUUCGUCCUCCAAUCGCAAGCUCGCCCUCGUCAACAUGCGGCCAAAAUGUUGCCCUAUAUUUAUCCGCUCCGUAUCACCCGGACCCGGCAGACUGUUCAGGAACACCACUCCAGAAAGUUCUGUACAACCCCACCUUCAGGCACAGAAACGCAUGUCAUCCUCGCUUUAUCUGCCGUGCGAUGCGAGAUCUAGCAUCCAACCCCGGGAAUAGCCUCAAGGACGGCCCCGCGAAUCCUCUCUUCCUUUGAUUCCAUUUCCCUCGCCUCACCAAAUUAAUUUGUAUAUUUCUGUACACAAGAAUGUAACCAACAAUCCGAAUCUGACUUCAUCCUUCGAGAAGUUCUCAUAUUAAUCUCGGAUUAACGGCAUUUGCGCUACAUUUCUCGCUGGAAGUCUUCAAACCAUGCCCCAAGGCUGAAUGAAGCCUUGUAACAUUUUCUAUUUGCAUUCCUUA